AUGUUCAAUGAUGGAAAUAGCUUAAGCUCAAGCGACAAAUUUAGAAAAAAUAAGAUCAGUCCUGAUAAUUAUUCUUUUGCACUCGAUACAGAAGUAGAAUUAUCGUCCAAUCAAGAUUUGCAUAGCGAUUUUGAGAAGAUUAUCAAUGAAAAUCAAACACUCACAGAAAGCAUUGCUUCAUAUAAAGUUGAUUUGCAAAAUACUCAAAAACUACUCCAAAUUGAAAAAAGGAAAACAGCAGAACUCGAGCAGCAACUUAGAAAUGAGAAAGAUGCUAAGGAUGCAUCCAUCUUUAAAUCAUUAUCUGCUGCGCAGAGUAACGACGAGCAAAAGAAACAAAUCGAAACUCUAAAAAAUCAAAACUCGAAAUUAACGAAAAGCUUAAACGAAAAGAAUACUGAGAUCAUUAAUAAUGUAAACGCCAUAUCAGCUUUUGUUAAUCAAUGGAAUCGAUUCUUUUCAACAAAUUAUUCGAAUUUACAGGAAAUUGAAAGAGAAAUACCAUCUUUGUUCAGGUCGUUAAAUACUGAAAAGAAAGAUUCUAAUGAGUUACAAUCAAAUUCAACAAUACAGCAAGUUUCAGAUGAAAAUAUUCAAUUGAGAAGGCAAAUAGAAGAUUUGCAAAAGCAAUUGCAGUCUUCUAUUACUCAAGCCAAUGAAUCUAAGAAAGACUUCGUAAAUAAGUUGGAUAAAUUAGCCAAUGAUAACAGUAAUAAGAUAUCAGAUCUUCAAGAGAAGCUGGGAGUUUCUAGUAUUGAAAACAGUAACCUUAGAUCAACAAAUGAGAACCUCAACAAGAGAAUUGAGGCAUUGCAACAACUUCUUGAUGAUAAAACCGAAAUUCAAAAAAUGGAAGAGAUUAUUAAUGGAUUAAAGGAUGAAAAUACCGAUCUUAAGAACAAACUUAAGUCAUUUAAAUCUAAAGCUGAACACUUGGUUUCAAAAAUUCAAGAAUCAGAUGAUUUGACAAAUCAAGUUAAUGAAGAGUUAGUAAAUGCUAAAAAAUCUUUGGCUCAAUCCCAAAAAGAUCUCAAAUCCUCAAAUGAUCAACUUGAAAGACAAAAAUAUGAGCUCGAAGAAAUUAAAAAUACCCUUGAAACUGAAAAGAAGCAAAAUUCGAUCAAAGAUCAGAUGAUCAAAGAACUAACUCAAAAGCAAUUAGCAGAUGCUGAUGAAAUUGAUGACUUAUCACGGCAGAUUAAAUUAUUGAAUAUUAAAGUCGAAGAAUUAACUCAUAACAAUGAAAAAUCAGAACAAACCAUUAAUAGCAUGCAUCAAGAUAAUGAUAAGCUAAUAGAAAAUCUUCAGAAAGAGAAGGAGAAUAGCUCAAAGCUUAAUUCAGUUCUGAAAGAUACUGAAGCUCAUAACAAUGCGUUAAAGGAUGAAAAUCAGAAACUUUCAGAUGAGUUGAGUAAAAUAAAACCAGAAAUAAUACCUAUUUGCGCAUGGACUAACUUUGGUCCACAGAAUGAAUUGAAGCAACAAAUUCAACAAAUUGUAACAUGCAAGGAUAAACACUUGCCGCAAAAGAUUUGUGAAUCAUUAUACACAGUUUCAAAGUUCUACGAAUCUCAAUUGUCAGCAUUAAAUGCAAAUCUAGAAGUUGAAAUGUGUAAAUCUGAUUUACUUUGUUCAUUGAUGUCUGAAAUCAAUUCAUUCUUGAAACUUCCUCAGAAAACUCCCAAUGAAGUUAUAUCUUAUAAGUCAGAUUUUCUAUCAAACAUCAAGAAAGAGCUUGGAAAAGUCAAUCAACAUAUUAUUGAACUGGAAGUGUUCAGUAAAGAGUUUGAUAAAUCUAAAGAUUAUAAAGAAAUAGGCAAGAGAGCUGAUCAAUUGCAAAACUUAAACGAUGAACUUAACAAAGAAAUUAUAAUGAAAGAAAAUGAUAUCUCAAGGCUUUUGCAACAAAAUAAAUCGAUGAAUGAUGAAAUAAUUCGUCUAAAAUCCGAAAUAGAUCAAAAUGAACAAGAAUUGGAAUCAAAUAAAGCUUUAGCAGAUAAAGUAAGCGAAUUAACCAAAACAGUAUAUGAGCAAAAAGUUCUGUUACAAGCUGCAGGACAGAAAAUUGCAUUGCAAUCGAAUGCGAAGUCACUUGAAGAUAAAAAGAAUAAAGAAAGUCUUGAUUUCCAUGCAAAGUUAGCUGAGAGAAAGUAUGAGAAAGAAAAGAAGCUUUACGAGUUAAAGAUCAAAGAAAUGGAAGAAAUGAAUGCAGAAUUAGAAUCAACAGUUGAAAAUCUUUCUAAAUCACUGAAGAGAAAGAAAGAUAUCAAUAAGAAACUAAAAUCAGAAAUUGCAAGACUUCUUUCUGCUCAAAAUAAUAAAGAAAUUGAAACUCCGCCUGUCAAUGAUGAAUCAAAUAAUUCUUUAGUGAAUGAAUUAAAGCAUAAAAUAGAGAGGCUAUCGAAGGUAAAUGAAGGAUUGCAGCUUGAAAUUACUCAACAAAUGCAAAAGUUAACAGGCCAAACAACAAUGAUCAAAAGACUUCAGAAGCAAAUAAAGAACUCUGAUGAAGAGAAAGAAAUGCUUAAUACGAUGUACAAUGAUAUGAAGCAAAGGUAUAAUAAUGAUACAAAGCAUAUCCAAACCAAGUAUGAAGCUGAAAAUAUGAGUAUUUCUGAAAAGUUUACGCACGAUAUCGAUGCAAUGAAAGUUCAACAUGAAUCUGAACUUCGAAACAUCUUCGGAAUGAUAGGAACUAGUUUCAAGCAAUUUUAUGAUGCUAGAAGUAAGCUUGACAUGCAAAAAACUCGCGAAAUAAUUGACCAAGCUAGUUCUCAAUUGAAUAAGCUAAGAAAUUCUGAUAUUCAUUUGAGGUCGCUUCUUGGACUUGAAGAGAAUGAUUCAAUCGAAGAUGUUGUAACAAACAUCUUAUUCAGACAAUGA